CGUGGAUGGCUGCAUCAGCUGUUGGGGCGAGAGGAGACGGCGGCGGAGAAAUGUUUUUGCCACUUGCUUGGCUCGAAGGAUGGUCUUGGCAGUGGGUACGGCGGAUCACUACAGAUGCAGACGCAGUGCGGUCUCGGAUGCCAAGAAACUGGGGAAGCACCCCAUUGCCGAGGCUUCUGGUUGGCAAUCACGGCCGAUCGAUAACUCCAAGAAUGGCCUUUUGCCGCGGAUCCAACACCACCUGCAACAUUUACUUCCCAAUAUUCUUGGAUCUUACUUCUGCUCUUCUUGAGAAACCCCAAACCCAAAAAGAAUCCGAGACCCGUGGCAAGCAAAAGGCCUGAAACGACACUACGAUCCGGGAGCAGCCAUGACUUCGACAGCAGAUCUCCGAAUCUCCUCACUCUUCGAUGUCAGCAACCAUGUAGUGCUGGUCACCGGAGGAGCAACCGGACUGGGCGAAAUGGCAGCUCAAGGGUUUAUUCAGAACGGUGCCCGGGUCUUCAUUGCCAGUCGGAAAGAGUCCGAGUUGAAGAAGACGGCAGACCGGCUCAACUCUCUGGGACCGGGCAAGUGCGAAUACAUCGUUGCCGACCUGAAGGAUAAGGCUGGUUGUGAUGGUCUGGUCAACGAGGUGAAGAAGCGAACGGAUCGUCUGACGGUGUUGGUCAACAACACUGGUGCUACAUGGGGAGCUCCAUAUGACGACUUCCCAGAAAGCGGUUGGGAUAAGUUGAUGUCACUGAAUGUCAAGUCCAUCUUCUACAUGACCGUUGGAUUGCACGAUCUGCUGCUCAAGGGUACCAACGCCGACAUGCCCUCGCGGGUCAUCAACGUCGCUUCCAUGGCCGGAAUCCAGACGAGCGACGUCACCACAACCGGAGACGGGGGGCUUUCUGCACCGGGUCACGGCACCUUCAGCUACGGACCAUCAAAGGCUGCAUGUAUUCACCUCAGCAAGUUGCAAGCGUCCAAAUUGGCCCCACUGAACAUCAUGGUCAACUGCAUCUGCCCUGGUGUCUUCCCAUCUCGAAUGACAAACUUUGGCAUUCAAAAGUACAUGGACACCCUGCUGGAACGACAACCCACCGGACGAGUGGGCAAGCCGUCUGACUUUGCAGGGUUGGUCCUGUUCCUCAGCAGCAAAGCAUCGGCCCAUAUGACGGGCAAUGUGAUUGAGAUUGAUGGCGGCAGCACACUCAGUGGCUGGAGAGCGAGGAAGAGGGACAGCAAAAUCUAGACUGAUAGAACUAGAAUCGACGCGUGUGGAGUGGCAGCUAGUCAGCCUUGUCGGAUAGAUACAGUUUCUGUGUCACCAAUGCUGUGUGCUCCGUGCUAGGCUGAUUCAACAUGUAACUAACCAAACCGAAGCGCAGGACUCUCAAAAGCACUUCCCUAUCUACUAUAAGGAUCAAUCUUGACGUGUUUCAUAUGCUG